GUUACGUUUACUUGCAUAAUUAAUUGUUCCCAUAGCCCUCUAUAUAAGCCCGAGCCUUUCGACAAACGGAAUGUGAUAGUGCACAGCCUGGCCAGUUUUCCGUUAUUUCCUUAAACCUAUAUAUAUAACCCAAAGGAAGAUUUGGACAAAAAUAAAAAGUACAAUCCGUAGGUGGUAUUGGAAAAAGUACUUGCGACCAUGCAGUCGCUUAAAUCACUUAUAGGAAUUCCGAAAACCGCAACCAAAGAAAUCUACACAUUUGAAACAAACGCCAAAAUAUCUCUCUUCUACAACAUAUGUGCUAUCGUGUUCUUUGGCUUUGAUACUAACUUCUUGUUUGACGAUUUAAAACUACCCCGAAAAAUCGUCGAAAUCUGCCGCAUUAUCUCCAAUGUGUUUGGAUUGCUCAUAUUAUUGUACGUGUGUUCGGUGGUAGCAGCUUUUGUUACACAGCAUAAUUUGGAUAUGACGCGUAAGGCUCAGAUGUGGUUGUAUGGACCUUCCAGCCUCACUCUAUAUGCUAUGUACUGGAACAUUGUAUUGCGUAAAAAUCAGAUAAAAAAGCUGACUUACACAUUAGUUGUGGUACUACGAGGAAUGUUCACUGACGACGAGCUGGAGAAGGAGAUGAUCAAGAAAACUUGGCGGUUCUCAUAUGCUUUUGCAUUCUUGCUAAACGGUCUAUUCGUUUCUACGGGCAUCGUCGCUGGAUACGUGGCCAGCACGACAAAUGACACGUUCACGACCAUGGUCCCAGCUUGGCCUGAUUUGAACGAUCAUAGCCUCGCCGCCAGUAUCGCCCGAAUAGCUCAUUACUGUGUCUGUUACAUCUUCUUAAUGCGCAUCGGCUGCAUCUACUUCGUAAUCGCGGCCAUAGCCAUCGCUCUGCAGUUCCAGUACGGCAUAUUGUGCAACUACUUCCACAGUCUUAACAGCAUCUUCGAUGAAGAGGGCAGCCACGAGGAGAAAGAACAGAAAUACGAAGAUGCCUUCGUAUUUGGGAUUAAGAUGCAUUCUUUGACUCUAUGGUGCAUCGAUCAGACGCAAGUGACGUGCGGUGUAGCCUUCAGCGCGCAGUUCAUCGCAAACUUAAUGACACUCGUAGCGAUCAUGGUGAAAUUUAUGUACAUGGAGCGCACAUUUGGUAACUACCUAACCGUCUUCAUGUUUGCUGGGCUCGUGCUCAGCAGCGCAGGGAUCUUCAUGUGGAACGCAGGAGACGUUACAUUCGAGGCCACCAAGCUGCACACGGCCAUGUUCCACUCCGGCUGGCACAACUGCCGGAGGCAGGCCUCUGUUCGGGUACGCAAAAUGCUCACCAUCGCCGUAAGACAGGCCCAAGACCGUGUCACAAUCAAAGGUUUUGGGAUACUGGAGCUGUCUUAUGAGUCAUAUAUUUCGGUGGUGAAACUUGCAUAUUCUGUAUUCUCCGUUUUGGCAUAGAAAUAAGUUAAAUACGUAGAAGUGGAUUUUUAUGUGAAGUGGAUAUUUAUGGACACCAGUAACAAUUAUUUUUCACCCCAGAAAAAUACCUGAUAUAUUUUCUCAUGUCCAAAUAGUGCACUUUAAAUUUAAACUAUCUUCGUUUUCACGAAUAAAAUAUGAAGAUGACUUUAAUG